GUGGUGCGGACAUCAGAACAAGACGUGCUAUGCUGAACAGAUUAUUUUGUAAUGUUUUCUUGCUGAAGAAUCUGUUUUAGUAUGGAUCAUAACGAGUUGGCCAUCUGAUCAUAAGGAUUGUAAUUUUGGGAUCGUGUUUGGUUGUUUUUACAAUGGGAGACGGAGGACAAAGGCGCAGAUGGGAGUACUGGUGGGUUAUUCAGAAUGUAUCUUUGCUGCUCUGCUUCGGGGAGAAGGUUUCGGCACAGAUAAGGUACUCUAUUCCAGAGGAGGUGAAAGAGGGAUCCAUUGUUGGAAAUGUUGCUAAGGAUUUGGAUCUUGACGUCAGUACUUUGGUGGAGAGACGGUUUCGUAUCGUUUCUGGAUCUGAGGACUCUCUUUUCCAGGUAAAUCAGAACAAUGGCGCCUUGUAUGUUCAUAAAAAUAUCGACAGAGAGGAGCUCUGUGAUGGCAAUAACGCAUGCUUGAUAAACCUCAAAAUCGCUGUCGAAAAUCCACUUGAAAUCCACUAUGUCAGCAUAGAAAUAACGGAUAUAAAUGAUCACUCUCCUAUUUUCCCUGAAAAAGAUCAGUAUCUAGAAAUGCCAGAAAAUACCUUUCCAGGUGCGCGAUUCGAACUCCAGACUGCGCGCGAUGUUGACGUUGGAAUCAAUUCUGUUCAUUUGUAUAAGUUAGGUCAAAAUGCACAUUUUGAAUUACAGUUAAUUGAUAGUGGUGAAGGUGACAAAAUACCAUUUUUAAUUUUGCAGAAGCAAUUGGAUAGAGAGCAAAACACUAAACAUAUGCUAUUACUUACAGCACUAGACGGAGGGAAUCCACCUAAGUCAGGCACCUUGAAUAUCACUGUUACAGUUCUUGAUGUAAAUGACAACCGACCCAUCUGCAGUCAAGACGAAUAUUCAGUAACAUUGCCUGAAAACGCUCUAAAUGGAACUAUUGUCCUCCGAGUAAACGCCACAGAUGCUGACGAUGGCCCAAAUGGAGUAGUGGAAUACACACUUGGAAGAACCAUAAAGCGUAAAAUACAUGACAUCUUUGAAUUAGAUCACGUAACUGGUGAAAUUCAAGUCAAAGGCCAGGUUGAUUUUGAAGUAAAGGAGGUUUACAGGUUAAAUGUACAGGCUUCUGAUAAGGGACAACCUCCAACAAGUGUUGAUUGUAGAGUUAUUAUUAAAAUAGGAGAUGUAAAUGAUAACCAACCAGAAAUAGAUGUGACUUCCCUCUAUAACACAGUGUCCGAAGAUUCUAAACCAGGAACUGUUAUUUCUCUCAUCAGUGUAACAGAUAAAGAUUCCGGUAUUAAUGGUAAAGUCAUUGCUAGUAUAUCUGAAGACAUAUCAUUUGAAUUAAAACCAUCAUUUCAGGAGAAUGUGUAUUCUAUCGCCACAAAGGGGCGCUUAGAUCGAGAACUCGUGUCCCAUUAUGACAUCACAAUAACAGCCAUUGACUGUGGUCAGCCUCCUCUGUCCACAUUCAAAACUCUGAGCGUCCAGAUAUCAGAUGUGAACGACAACAGCCCAGAAUUCUCCCCCAAAACCCUUGAGCUGUACUUAGUGGAAAAUAACGUUCCAGGUGCGUCCAUAUUCGCUGUAAGCGCCUCUGAUAAAGACUUGAAUGAAAAUGCUGCGAUAUCAUAUCAUAUAGUUAGAGAAGGGACACAGAAUGAUAUGGCAUCUUUUUUGAACAUCGAUUCUGAUAAUGGACAUAUUUCCGCGCUAAAAAGCUUUGACUUUGAAAUCCUCAAAACGUUCCAAUUCCAAGUUGUAGCUACAGACUCUGGAACUCCGUCACUAAGCAGUAACGUCACAGUGAACGUAUUCAUUAUGGAUCAGAACGACAACGCUCCAGUGAUCUUGUAUCCAGUCAGUGCUAACGGUUCCGCUGAAGGUGUGGAGGAGAUUCCCCGUAAUGUGAACGCAGGCCAUUUGGUGACUAAAGUGAGGGCCUAUGACGCUGAUAUAGGAUAUAACGGCUGGUUAUUAUUUUCACUGCAGGAAGUUACUGACCACAGUCUCUUUGCUUUGGACCGCUAUACAGGACAGAUUAGGACACUUCGGUCAUUCACAGAGACAGACGAGGCUGAGCAUAAACUGGUCAUACUGGUUAAAGACAAUGGAAACGUUUCGCUCUCGGCAACAGCUACUGUGAAGAUCAACGUUGUAGAGCCCAAAGAGGCUUUUGCAGCUUCAGAUGUUAAAAGCUCAGUAAAAGACGAGGAAGAGAAUUUCGUUACAUUUUAUUUGAUCAUUACUUUGGGGUCAGUUUCAGCGCUUUUUCUCAUCAGUAUCAUCGUGUUGAUUGUAAUGCAGUGCUCCAAACCUACAGACUAUUCCUCCAAGUAUUUACAAGAUGUGAAUUACGACGGGACACUGUGCCACAGCAUCCAGUACAGAUCCGGGGACAAACGGUACAUGUUAGUUGGACCCAGAAUGAGUACAGGUUCUACUAUAGUUCCGGGCAGCAAUGGGAAUACUCUAGUGCUACCUGAACACAGGAGCAGAGCUUCUGGAGAGGUGAUCGCUGUCCACGACAGUGGUGCUGAAACACUGUAA